AUUUAAGUUAACAUACACAGAGUUAUGGCAACAUUGAUUGUUUAUUGACAAGGUAAAUGACAGACGGCGGGGUCCUAGUUCGAUGGCAGAUUAAUUGCAAUAGUUUAUAAAAAAUAAAUGUCUUCUUAAUGUGAUUAGAUCUGCAUGUACAGAAAGUCGAUGUGAAAAUGUGGUGUUUAUAUAUUAUUUGAACUGUUUCCACACGGUAAUUCGUGUAUAUUGUAGUAUAAAAAUGUAUAUUCACUACACGUUAGGAGCCAUUUUUAUUGUAUUUAUUUUGUGCGUUCAUUGUGAUAAUACAGCUAAUAACAACGAAAUCUUGGAAAUAUAUGUUCCGUCCGCCCCACAAAACCUCACUGCAGACAACGUGACAUCCGAUGAGAUACAUUUAUUAUGGGCCCCGCCAGCCAAUUUCACAACAAUCAAACUACAAAAAAUAAGAAGCAUAGAUGGCGAAAAAGAAAUAAUAAAGCUCGAACCCGACAUCACAGUUAUUCCUAAUAAAGAAACCCAAGCAGACGAGCCUAUCAAUGACGUCAUAAGAGAUGAUAGUUUAAUAAUAGAUACAACAGUAAAACAAGAUGGAUUAAAAGACAUAGAUUAUUCCUAUAACUCGUAUAAAAAUGAUAAACAAAAGUAUAGCGACGAAUUCUCAGAUUCAUAUAUAUUGACCGAUGAUUCCUAUAGAACCAAAAGAGAUAUACGAUCUCGUAGACAUAGGAAAAGAAGACAGGAUAACGUGACCGAGAGUAAGAUUAGUUUAGAGAGAGACAUAGAUGGAAUGGAGACGCACCACGCCUUCGAACACCCAAUAAGAGUGGACAAAAAGUCUCUACCAGUUGUACCAAAGAAAGUAGCUCAGAUCGCUUAUGUGUUGUAUUAUGAAGAGGGUUAUCCAUUAAAGAAAGAAACGAGUAACUCAUGGAAGGCUUCAGAAGUUCCAACGUCUGAGGAAAUAAAGAAAAGAAAUGUGUUCCAAAGCGAUUGGGGAAUGCAAGAUAAUACGAACCCGACAAAGAAUUUAACUUUAUUAAACACAUCUGGCAUCCAACAAAUAAAAGUCGUUGGUUUUAGAUUGAGGAGCUUGAAACCAUUUACUCCGUAUAAGAUAUGGGUGCGUUCAUUCUACAACUUUCCUUUAGACGGAGUGAUGUCAUCUGAUCUAUUAGAGCGCCUUGGACCCCAAUCCGAGUCUCUAUAUGUAUUGACUGAUGUCAGACCGCCUUCUGCCCCUAUCAUACUCAAUUUGACUUGUGAUCAACCAAAUGGUAUCCUAUACCUCCAAUGGCGUCAACCACUCGAAUAUAACAAUUCUCUUGACCAGUAUGUCGUGACGCUGAGGAAAAUACCAGAGCAGCAGCCCCGGACUCGACUCACAUUGCCCACUGCUAAAGAUGACAUUGAAACAACCAUUAGUAUUAAAGUACAGUUAUGGAACGUAACGAGUUAUGAGGUUAAGAUAUAUGCUGUCACAUUGUCUGUGGUGCGGCCUCACACACUUAUAAAUGGUUCUGAAUCUGCGCCAAAGGAAGUAUCGAGUGAAUUGUGUGCCGCUCAUUCUGAAGCGAUGUCACCAGCCGAUGGGCCGCAGGUGAAACGGAGCGGUAACUCGCUGGUCGCUCUACUGGCGGCCGCCUUGCUGACCGUGCUAGCCGCCGUCAGCGCCGCGCUGGUCUACUGGAGAUGCAGAUCUCGAGUCAGCAAAUGUAUAAGUGCAGCAUACAACUACCUGGAGGAGGGAGGUGAGAGAGCCGCUAGAGCGCCUCUUAACACCUACAAAAAACCCGCGGUGAGCAGCACGCCGCCCGCGGCGCCGGCGGGCGGCGGCGGCGCGGCGCGGCCCCCGCGCAUGGCGGGCGCGGCGCACCCGCUCGUGCGCGCGCGCGACUUCCCCGCGCACGUGGCCGCGCUGCACGCCGACGGCGACAUCGGCUUCAGCAAAGAAUACGAAAUCGUAGUUGCGAAAUCAGCUGCGCUGGGACAUACGAGUCACCACAGCUAUAGACCAGAGAACAGACUGAAAAAUCGUUAUCUAAAUAUCACCGCAUACGACCACUCGCGCGUGUGCGUGUCGGCGGGCGGGCGCUGCGGCGCGGCGGGCUGCGUGGGCGCGGGGCGCGGCGCCGCCUGCGACUACGUGAACGCGAACUUCAUCGACGGCAUGCUGCCCGCGCUGGACCGGGGCGCGGCCGCGCGCAUCGAGCGCCGGCUGGAGCGGCGCGCGCGCCCGGCCCGGCAACCCUCAGUGAAAGUAACGAAACCGCCACCCAAUCUAGCAGAAGGAAUCGAAUCUGCUUUCCUUAAUAUCGAGUUCUCUGGUAUCGUGGAGUCGGAGGAUCAAGCAGAGGACUCUGAUAGUGAACGAAGUGACGACGAAUCGGAACUCGACGACGUAUAUGUCAAUAUAAAUGGUGUGCCUCGGCAAAUCAAAUUGGAAUGGGCGGUAUGGCGUCGCAGAUACAUCGCUACGCAAGGUCCCACUCCGGCAACUUUGGAUGCUUUCUGGCGGAUGAUCUGGCAACACCGUGUGCACACGCUAGUUAUGAUCACAAACCUCGUUGAGAGGGGGCGGCGAAAAUGCGAUAUGUACUGGCCCGCGGGUGGGCGAGGCAGUUCAGCAGAGUUUGGCGGAAUUCACGUCACACUUCUGUAUGAGGACGUGCGAGCUGCAUACACCGUGCGGCAUCUACGAGUACGCAGUACUAUACAAUCGUCGGGUAGUGAGUCGAGUUCGUGUAGCGGCGACGGGCGCCACAUAGUGCAGUACCACUACACCGUGUGGCCCGACCACGGCACACCGCGCCACCCGCUCGCCGUGUUGCCCUUCGUACGCGCCGCUGCAGACCCUGGGACCGUGCUCGUGCAUUGCAGUGCCGGCGUGGGUCGAACAGGAACGUACAUAGUAAUAGACGCACAAUUAAACCAAUUAAAGCUGACAGGCACGCUAUCUCCACUCGGGUUUUUAUGCAGAGCGCGCACACAGAGAAACUACCUCGUACAGACAGAGGAACAAUACGUGUUCGUACACGACGCUUUACUUGAAUAUGUACGAUCUGGCAACACUGAAGUCGAAUUUGCGAAAGCUAGAGAAUAUCUCGUGAAACUUCUAGAACCUAUUUCGGAAGAGGAACUAGCCGUUAUGGACCAAAACCCUCCGAAACAAAAGAGCUUAAACGACAUAAGGAAUGGUCUGGAUAAUGACGCUACAAGUAUAAGAUCGAAUGACUGCAGCGAAAAUCAAAUAGUUGAAAAUGGAAGUCAGAUCUCAAUAAAAACGGAUGAAUUAAACAGUGAGAGUAAAUCAUCCAGUAUGGAUAAUCAAGAGAAGGAUGGUUUAGUUAAUGGGGAGGAAAUGGAAGGGGUGUACGAUUUGGCGCCUCGCGCGACUGACACGUACAAUAAGAAAAUGCAAGCGUACAAUAGUAUGAAUGAACAGGAAAAAGAGGAAAUGCGGAGGGUCAAUAGGGCAGAAAAUUAUGCUUUGCUGGAACGGAUGCGUUCAUUAUCGAAUAGGCAUCAAGUGUAUCAAGGUCCACCUCCUGUUAAUUUGUUAGAAAAACAAUUUCAGUUAAUAACUAGGUCGUGCGUGGAAUCAAGUGUGUGCGCACGCGCAGCUCAUAACGCAGAUAAGAAUCGUCCCGGCGGUAUAUUGCCGUCGGAUUCGGCUAGGGUUAUGCUUGUACCUAAACCAGGUGUUGAAGGCAGCGAAUAUGUGAAUGCGAGCUGGGUUUGCGGUAGACGGCGUAUACGUGAAUAUGCAGUGGCGCAGCACCCGGGGCGCGCGCCCGAGCUGUGGCGCCUGCUGUGGGACCACACGGCGCAGCUCGUGCUGCUGCUGGCGCGCGCGCCGCCCGACCCCGAAUGCGACGUGUUUUGGCCUACGGAAGACGAAAAGGAAUUGUUUGUGGCAAAUUUUAGGGCGAGCUUCGUUUCAAAAGAUACAUACGUGGCAUAUAGAAGAUCGGAAAGAGAAGUUCAAAAUCAAGUUCCACCGACGCCGGAAACGAAUGGAUACAGGAGGCAGGACGGUAGCGAGUGUGCAGAUGAUGAAUGCCUUAUACCUGAAAAUAGUUCGCCAGUAAACGAAACAGAACCAGCGUACCGGUUUGAUAGAACAGAAUUAAGAUUAGAACGACUUAGCGGAAGCAGAGAUCUUUCAGCCCGAAAGUCAAUAGCGAAUGGCGAUUUAUUUUCAUCGUUAUCUGAAAAGAAGAAUGGACCAAAAUCUCCUAGAAGCCCAUCAAAAAUGUCAUUGAAAAACUUUAAGCUCGGCUCACCCACGAAAUUCAAGUUUCCUGAUUGGGGGUCGAGGACCGCUGGUUCACCUCCUGACACGGCACCACCCCCUCCCCCAAUAGCCCCCUCUUUAACCGUCGAAGAAGAAGCCGAAUUGAGAAGGCCAGUGUAUACAUUCGAAAAAGUGAAAAGUGUUCCCAACGUCACCUCUGAUAGAAUUAUAGAAGUUACCAAUGUCAGUGUUCAUUCUUUACAGGACGACUAUCAAUUAAGUGUUAAGUUUAUUAAGUGCAGUGGUUGGUUGCAAGGUGACACUACUGAGUACAGUGCGGGUAGGCCCGAUGACAAUGAGUUUGUGAGGGCAGUGCGGCAGGCCAGCAGUGAGAGUCAGAGGGAAGAGGCGUUGGAUCGGCUCAUAGCGCCCUACCGGGACUCGUUUGCGUUGAUGGAGUUUGUGGCGGGCUGCCAGAUGGAGUACAAGAAUGGUCCUGUUGUGGUUAUAGAUAAGUACGGCGGCUGGCGCGCGCUCACGUUCUGCUCGCUGAGCGCGGCGUGCGGCGGCGUGCGCAACCCGCGCGUGGCGGAGCCGGGCGCCGACUGCGCGCCG